AUGGAGCUUUUGUGCUGCAUGGUCUACUGUCAAGUGGGCUCAACGGGCGUUCAUGUGGAUGCGAAUGCCCGCUUGGUGGUGACUGUAAAUCCUACACUAAUAUGCUACCCCUCCUUGAAGACCUAUAAAUUGAAAUACAAGCAGCAAGCAGCGGGAUCUGAUCUUUCUCAAAUAUUUAUCUAUCUCUCAGCUUCCAUGCGCAAAAUCCCCUAUCGGUGUUACGAGACGGAACUCCCCAUGGUUUCCAAAGUCCUGAGAGGCGGUACCGUCUUGACUUUUGAUGAUGCCACACAGCGCGUACGAGUGCUUCGCAGAGCAUCCGUCGUAAUGCAAGAUGAUCGUAUCAUAGCAAUUACCCCGGAUACCGAAACUGAAGUUCCUGCAGAUGCAGACGUCGUCAAUGUCGACGGCAAGAUCGUAUGUCCUGGCUUUGUCAAUACCCAUGUGCACAUGUGGCAAUCAGUCUAUCGAACUAUUGGACCAAACAUUGUCCUCUCUCAUUACUUCAGUUGGCUCAGUCAGGCAUCCGAGACUGCAAGAGUCGCAUUCACUCCGCACGAUAUCUACAUCAGUUCUCUUCAGGGCUACCUGGAGGGUCUCUACUCUGGUGUUACUUCAUAUGUUGAUCAUGCCCACCAUAACUGGGCUCCGGACUUUGUUGAGCCAGGAUUCAGGGCAGCUGGAGAUAGUGGCGCGCGAGUUCUGUGGUGUUAUGAUGUUGCAGAUCACGAUAACUUUCCAUUGAAAGAACAGUGGGAAGUGUUGGGUCGUAUUGCAGCCAGCACAAUCUCGUCUUCCCUGGUGCAGCCGGGUAUCUCCCUCGAUAGCCUGUUGUCCUCGUUCAAUAGAGAGACCAACAAUCAGCUACAGCACACACGCGAGAAGAUCAGUAAGCUGAACCUCAGAGGUAUAACUAUGCAUCAUCUGGGUGGUCCUUGGCCGACCGGAAAUUCCUCACCCGCCCAGAUCUGUCAGCUCAAUCUGCAUAGCGACCAGUGUCCGAUAAUUUUUUCCCACGCACCCUUCCUCACCAACCAGGAGCAGGAUGCUCUACGAAAAAAUAAUUUUUUCGUCUCUAUAACACCAGAGUCUGAAUUCCACUUUGGCCACGGCCAGAUCAGUGGCCGUCUAAUCUCUGAUCAGGCAGCCCUUGGACUAGACACAAACUGGACAUUUUCAGGUGACCUGUUGUCUCAAGCCCGGUUGUGGCUCCAGACUGUCCGCCAAAUGAAUUUUCACCGAGCGCUUGAAAAGGGACUGUUACCGAAGGAAACACCCUUUACCGUCGAGCAAGGUUUUCUAAUGGCUACACGGCAGGGAGGCCUUGCUAUGAAGCGCCCAGAUAUUGGCGUGCUUCAGGUAGGAGCAAAGGCUGAUAUCGUUAUAUUCAACGGUGAUUCUCCGAACAUGCUGGGAUGGAGCGAUCCUAUAGCUGCCGUAUUGCUUCAUGCAAAUCCCGGGGAUAUUGAACACGUCUUGGUCGACGGAGAGUUCCGCAAGAGGGAUUUCAAAUUAGUAAAUCUGAAAUCUGAAUGGUCCCAGGUACGGGAUCAAUUCCUGGAGGCGGCACAACGUAUACAGAAAGUGGCUGAGAAGCCUCCACCUCUGCCUAAGAAGCUCUGGGGCGUGGGAGAGAUGGGUGAUGUGGAGGUGGCUAGUACGAUGUUACCGUCGAGAAACCAUCAUUGA